GAGACACUAUUGACUGUUUCUAACGAAUCAAGGGGUUGGUGGUUGGUAACGCGCCAUCCCUAACCUAACAUAAUCUGACGUACGCUGCGACGAGCAAACGUCCCUGGCCGUUGCGGUCAUCACCGGUGGUGUGUUCGCCGACACGUGCCGCGUGGCAUGACGAUAGAGACCGACGUGUCCGCGCUGUGCAUCGAUGUGUCAAAGGUGAAAUCGUUGGCUGGAGAACCACGGAAGUCCGAGUGCAAUGCACACGAUGCCGACCCCGGUGGAUGGACCCCGUUGCUGGUACUGGGCGGUGCGACUUGCUGCCUGGGAUCAGCAUUACCAGCAGGAUAUAACAUAGGUGUCAUGAACAAUCCUGCUCAUCUUAUGCAAUCAUUCUGCAAUGACAGUAUCAGGGAAAGAUAUAACGUACAAUUGUCCAGCCAUGAACUCAACAUACUCUGGUCCACCGUAGUGUCGAUCUUUCUUAUCGGAGGUGUGUCUGGAUCUUUGAUCGCCAGCUGGCUGAGCGACAAAUUUGGACGUAAAGGCGCGUUAAGCGCCGGCAACCUCUGCGGGAUUGCAGGAGCGGUUCUAUUCAUGCUCGUGCGAACUGUCAACUCGGUCGAACUUUUCCUGCUCGGCCGAGUGUUCGUUGGAUUUUCCGGCGGUCUAGCCACUUCUUUGCUCCCAAUGUACAUGACAGAAAUAGCACCUUUAAAAUUACGGGGUGCUGUCGGAGUGUUAUGUCAGUUGGGUAUCACCUGCGGCGUUCUGAUGGGCCAGAUCGCUGGGCUCAAAACUGUUCUGGGUACUUCCGAAUCCUGGCACAUCAUGCUAGCAUCUUUCUCACCGCUUUGCCUCGCUGCAUUAUUACUGACCAUCGUUUUGCCGGAAAGUCCAAAGUAUUUAUAUAUAACUCGAGGAGAACAGGGAAAGGCUCUUAAAGAACUCAGUCGUUUACGCAACAUGGAUAUAAUGCUCUUGCAAAAUGAAAUCACUAGCUUGCAACAAGAACUAGCAAUGAGAUCGACGAGUGAGACGUGGAAUAUUAAGCAUGUGUUGAGAGAACCGACCGUAAGACUGCCUCUCUUUCUAGUAUGCCUCAUGCAAUUUGGUCAGCAGCUCAGUGGCAUUAACGCCGUCUUUUAUUACUCGAACACGAUAUUUCUCGGAGCAGGCCUAGGCAUCACCGGCGCUCAAUACGCGACUCUAGGCACUGGUGUCGCAAACAUUGUGAUGGCACUUGUCUCCGUGCCAAUAAUGUCAUUGUUCAGCAGGAGAAAAGUUCUAUUCUUGAGCUGUUACUUAUGUGUAGGGUGCCUUAUCAUUCUGUGCAUCUCUAUCGCACUAAUCCAUACGGCUUCGUUUAUGCCAUGGCUUUGCAUUAUCAUGGUGCUAGCGUACGUUGUAUUUUACGGUAUCGGUCUCGGUCCAAUACCAUUUUUCAUUGGCUCCGAGCUAUUCGAUGUUGGUCCUAGACCUGCCGCUAUGUCGUUAGGCAGCGUGUUCAAUUGGGGAGGAAACUUCCUCGUCGGGAUGAUGUUUCCCUCGUUACAAGAUGCAAUUGGUCCAUACGUCUUCCUGAUCUUCGCUGCAAGUACAUUAAUCUUGGUGCAAAUCAAUCAGAUUUAUUUACCCGAAACGCGAGGUCGAAGUACUACAGCUAUAGCGGCGGCCAUGACUAAAGGUUUUAAAUCAAGACCAAAUGCGAUACUUGCUACGUAGUUAUUUAAUCUAACUUUAUCUAAUUCGAUUAAGUAAUUUUUAUACGAUUUUUUUAACGGAAUCGACAAAUCAUUGCCACACUUGUCACGCGAGUGACAAUUCAUUCAGCGUUGUAACUAAUUCAUUCGAUCACGCAUCAAAUGAUCUGCUGAAAAAGGACUAGUGCGAGAUUCACUCGAACGAGAUCCAGAUGCACCGUGCAGGCGAAUUUUAUAUAUUGUACUAUUUGUACAUAUCCCGUAAUACUAAAAUGCUGCAAAUAAUGGCGUAGAAGUGCGAGAACGAUGGAAUAAGAUACGGCGAUUAAGAUUUUUACAUUUAUAUAAACAUCAUACGUCUAUAA